AAUUCACACGCACAAAACAAAGACCUCCGUCCCACUUGCAAUGUUUUUGUUUGGGGCGGAAUUAGUCACUGUAAAUUGACUGAACUAUGCCAACCGCAUAAUCCGCCGUAAACCAGACGCGAAUUGCAAGUGCCCAGCUGCGGAUCGAAAACAGCAGUCCAGCGAGAAAUCACAAAGAGAUUCAUAGAACCCAUAUGCCCAGUGAGCAAAUUCACGCCGUGAUGGCCAAGCGCCCGCCACACCAGCCUUCCUUCGAUGGGGAGCCACCCGGUCCGGAUGAGCUGGACAGCCCAGCCAUCGAGGCGGCGGCCCUCGACAUUCCCCCUCCCGAAUCAGAUAAGGCGCUCCAAAAAGGUGUCUGGGAGCGACCCACUACUGCGGAGUAUAAGCCGACCACUGAUGGGAGCACCGUGCUCCGCUUUGACAUCUUGCUGGCCCACAUAAUGCCUCCCGAUGGCGAGGAUGUGAAGAUCAAGCGGUUCGUGGUCUAUGAGCUCACUGUGAAGCAGGAUGGCGCCACGGAGGACACUCAGCCGGCAAAGAUUGAACGCCGCUACACCGACUUUCGGGAGCUUUAUCUGGGCCUUAAGCGGCAGCAUCCGGCCGAAAUGGCCAACAAGUACUUUCCAGCCAAGGUACUGAUGGGCAACUUUAAGUCCGAGCUGAUUGGCGAACGGAGUGCGGCCUUUGAGGCGUUCCUAACGUAUGUGGCAAGCCAGGCGAAACUCAGGGACUCGGAGGACUUCCUGCGCUUCCUGCAGCACGACGAACUGACCAGGGCGUGCCAGUUUCUGGAUGAGCGGCGUAACGAGAUGGCCAUACCCAUUCUGGAGAACUGUUUUCGCUUGCUGAACAAGAUAUACAUGAAUCGAUCAAGACCGGUGCUUUUAAUACUCUGCCGUCUAGUGGCUGCCUGCACCUCAUCCCCAGUGCCUCAUCACGCGGCCGAGAGGUGGGCCCUCUUGGCACUGAGUCGCUUCGAGACGUUGUGCGACAUAGAUCUGCUGCCGCUGUACAUUCCCCUGCUCCACACCUGCGCCCACCUGUGGUGGCAGCGCGGCCAGGACCAAAAGCCGAUCACCGAUCGACUGACUGACAUGUCCAAGCAGGGCAUCAACACAGCGAACAUCGAGAGCCUCAUGCAGGCUAUUCACAAGAUCGAUCCUCGCACUGAAACAAUUUGAAUCGCGAAUCUCCGCUCUAAUUUUCAUCCAUUAGUUUAAUGUUUUGUUCUGUAGUCCUUAGCUGUCAGGCGGAAAGUGCAAUUAGAUAAUGUGUGCAAUUAGUUUUAAGGUGAAAGGAGUAUUUAUCAACCUUUAAGGUAGCGGUCAUAUUUACCAACGCUGUCCUCCACCAAUGUAGUCCGUUUUCGCGAACAGUGUGUCACAAAGGCCCAGCCAAAUUUAGCCAACAAUUUUGAAAAACAUGUACGUUUCUUCGUUUGAAUGUUUAAUUCGUUUUUUUUAAACCUGUGAUUUUCAAAUUAAAAUGUUAGAUAUUUAGAACAUAAUCGAUGAUUUUCCAAUAAUUAAACUAAAAUUGGUUCUUGUCUACGUACAUAGAUAGCUUACAUUAAUAUUGCGACUAAUAUAUAAUCCGAAACAAGAAA